CAAUACGAAGUAAGUCACAAUCAGAAGAAUGGAUCACAGGCAGAAUCAACCCGAGACUGUUGUGAUGUUGCCGCCUCAGCAUCCAUCCUAUCCAGGCCAGACGGUCACACAGGGUCCCUAUGCUCAAGGGCAACAUCCAGGACAACUGAUUGUCUCUGUACAACCUACAUUGUUUCCAGAAUACCUGCGUUGUUCCAUCUUUACCAUGAUUUGCUGCUGCAGUCCCCUGGGCAUGGCAGCGGUGGUAUUUUCCAUCCUUACUCGGUAUGCAAACUAUGCAGGACAGAAGGAACUAGCAGAGAAGAACUCCAAAACAGCAAGGUGCUUUCACACUAGCCCUUUUGGUCUGCACCUGUGUUUGUUUGACGUCAAAGCUAGUAUGAACGUGUUCUCUGAACUCGGGUGCACACCCGUGAACCAUACCCGAGUCCGCCUGAAAGAGGUGGUCUGGGGUACGGUUCACUUCUAG